CCUCUAGAGAGCAGUGCGCGGACACAGCGCAGCGCGCGCGCGUUACUCAACAUGAGCGAGGAAGAGCGCGGAUGAGACCCUGUCUAUGGAGAGACGCGAGGAUUUGUGUUUCAUAAGUGAAUUCCAGUUAUUGUGCUGAUGGAUUUUGGGAAGGAAAGAGUGGUCGCGCUGGUGGACAUGGAUUGUUUUUAUGUGCAAGUGGAGCAAAGAAUCAAUCCCGAACUCAAGAACAAGCCCUGCGUUGUUGCGCAAUACAAGACAUGGAAAGGCGGAGGCAUUAUAGCAGUGAGUUAUGAAGCCAGGGCACACGGGGUCACCAGGAAUAUGUGGGCAGAUGAUGCCAAGAAGCUGUGCCCUGAUCUAGAGGUGGCACGAGUCCGAGAGUCACAUGGGAAGGCUGAUCUCACCCAUUACAGGGAGGCGAGUGUGGAGGUGAUCGAGGUGAUGUCACGCUUCGCUGUCAUAGAGAGAGCCAGCAUCGACGAGGCGUACAUGGACCUCACGGCCAGCGUGGAGGACAGACUGAAGCACAUGAGUGUCCAGGACAUCACACCAGAGCAGCUGAAAACCACCUACGUUCAAGGCUUUCCGCAGACCGGCACUGAUGACCAGACUGAGAAUACGUUGCUAGAUAAAGAAGGUCAGCGGGUCGGAGGUCUGCUGCAGUGGCUGGAGCUUCUGUCCUCCAGCGCUCCGUCUGUCUGCGCGGAGCUGCGUCUGGCGGUCGGGGCUCUUAUAGUGGAGGAGAUGAGGGCAGCGGUGGAGCAACACACUGGAUUCCGCUGCUCCGCCGGGAUCUCGCACAACAAGGUGUUAGCCAAACUGGCAUGUGGUUUAAACAAGCCCAAUCGCCAAACAGUUUUGCCGCUGGGAUCCGUUCCACAACUCUUUAGCACACUUUCCAUCAGAAAAAUUCGUAAUCUGGGAGGGAAGCUGGGAAAAUCCAUUAUGGAGACUCUGGGGGUGGAAAACAUGGGCGAUCUCACUCAAUUCACCAAGGUCCAGCUGGAGCAGCACUUUGGAGAGAAGACGGGGCCGUGGCUGUACGACAUGUGCAGAGGGAUCGAGUUUGAGCCGGUGAAUCCCCGACAGCUUCCCAAAUCCAUCGGCUGCAGCAAGAACUUUCCAGGGAAAACCUGUUUGGCUACAAAACAGCAGGUGCAGCACUGGCUUCAUCAGCUCGCCCUUGAAUUAGAGGAGAGACUGAACAAAGACAGAGACAUGAACGGGAGAGUGGCCAAACAGCUGACCGUGGGCGUCCGGCAGGCUGGAGAUAAGAAAGCCAGCAGUUUCUCUCGCUGCUGUGCUCUUGCGCGAUAUGAUGCUACGAAGAUGACAUCAGACAGCUUGGCUAUCAUCAAGAGCCUCAAUACUGCAGGAAGUCACCAGGAGGCGUGGUCUCCGGCCUUGACUUGCCUUUAUUUGUCAGCCAGUAAGUUCAGUGACACACCUUCAUCCUCAUCAGGAGGAAUAGCAAGCUUCCUGUGCAGCGACGCAAGCUCAACGCAGUCUCUUCCGUCCUCUACGCAAACCCCCAAAACGCAGCCGACCCCCAAGAGCCCAGGGGCCAUCCGGUCUCUGUUCGAGAAAGCAGCUGAAAAGAACAAACGGCGACUGGAGGAAGCCCGUAAAGAUGAAGACACUCCUGCGGAAAACGCUUCCAGCCAGUGCAGUUCUCUGAAAGCCACUGGAAUCUCUUCCUUCUUCCAAAGAAAGACCCUGGAGAAAACCCUUCAGGUCACAAACUCGCUCUCUGAAGGAAACGGGUCGAUGACUGAGGACGAGAGCGGUCGUGCUCCGGCGGAGGCGAGCGAGCCGAGCUCCUCUGAGGAUCUUCAUGUCUGUGAGCGCUGCGGGCAGAAGGUGCUGGUCUGGGAAAUGCCUGAGCAUACGGAUUAUCACUUCGCUCUGGACUUGCAGAAAUCGUUCAGUUCCUCAGUCUCCAGUGACGGGCCGGUUCCGGCCGGAGCUCCUCAGUCGUCCCGCGGGAAGAGCCGAGCGAAGACUCCGAGCGGCCCGCAGGCCAAGAGAGCCAGAGUGCAGGGAACCGCCGGCACAUUGGACUCCUUCUUUAAAAGGACAUGAUGUGUUGAACAGCAGUCUGAUCAAGCUUUUUAAAUGAUAUUUGUGCAUUUCAAAUAUGUUUCCUGUGCCUUAAUGUAAAUAAUAAAUACGUUGUUGUCCAGAAUAUUGUUCAAAAGCCAUUUCCUCCCACUAAACAUUGGAAUGCACUAGGUUGUAAUAUAAACAACUCAUUUUUUGUUGACAUGCCCAUUUUUGCGACAUAAAAAAAUAAAUAAUAAUGCUUUGUAAAUUGCAAUUUUGUAAUUAAUAAUGUUUUUAAUUUAAUUUAUAAUUAAAAGUGUUGUAACAAUACUGGAAUUUCCAACUUCGAUAUGAUACCUUGAAAAAUAUGGAUAUUCGAUACCAUUUUUGAUUCCACAGCCAUUUGUACCACCAUACAGAUAAUUUAUUAUUUUGGGUAAUUUUGAUUAAUUGUAAUGUUGUUAGAGAUAGUAGUUAAAGACGCUUUAUAUAAAGUGGCACCAAACAUUCAGUGGUAAUGUUUCACCCUCUAGUGGUGUGAAGUGAAUAAACCAUCCAGGCAGCUGUGAACGCUUUAUAAAGCCACCAAAGCAAUAAAGAGUCGAAAUGGACAUACUAUGACUAUUUUCAUGCCAUAAUUUUGACUUGUGUAAUAAGCAUUUUUUUUCUUAUGUGGUAAAAAUGGGCUUCCAUACAUAUGUUCAUUGAAUUAUAAAAAUAUAUUUAAGUCCUCACUUCAAAAAGAGCAUUUGUUGAACAUCAUGUUUUACUAUUAUGACUUUUUUGUGGGGGGAAAAAAAAAAACUUUGGCAACAUUAUAAUUGAAUCUCCACAUUUCAAAAUAAUUAAAAAGCCAUGCCAUGAA